UACCCGCUUGGUGAAUCACGAGACAAUGCUAGGGAGCCUCCCUGUCAGAAGAAAGGAUGUUGAGAAUACAUUUCUGAUCAAACGAUGUAGACAGUUCCGAGUUCUCACCGGAGUUUUUAGAGACGUGAAACGACCUGUCCUUCGCAGAAUUGGUAUAGCCGUUUGUGUUUUCUUCCACACGAAUGCCGCUCUCCUCCUGAUGGCAAUGAUCGUGGGUACCAGCUCCCUCACGGACUUCUUUUCGCGCAUAGGGAACAUCGCCAGUUUUAUUACCGUCAUGAUCAUCACAUUUUUCUACACUCGUCGCGAAGAGAGAAUAACGCUCGUGUGUCACGAAAUGGCAGAGCAGUGGCUCAAGUACAAGAAAAAAGUCCGGUAUCCAAGCGGAAUCAAAACUAUCAAAAUGUGCGAGAGGAUGAUGAAAUUCAUGUUCUGGGUCUUGGUAAUUGGUUCAUUCAGCGUCUUCAACUUCUACACGACGUAUCCAAUCAUCGUCUACUAUUUUUUCCCCCUCAAAAGUCAAAAAUACAUUGCUUUUCCACUAAGAAUUUAUUUUCCUUUUGAGUCAGCUCCGUACCUUCGAGCAUAUGUUUACUUUAUAAUGUGCGCUUGCAUAGGGUACUACUGUAUAUUGUUAGCAAUUAUAUCCAGCAUGUACCUUUGCCUAUUUUGCAAAUUGGAGGCUUCAUUUAUAUUGAACGGUACAUUUUAUGAGCGAUUUCGCGUACAGGAGUUGAAUCCGCGGCCGAGAGGAAAUGUUGUCCGCAAAGACGAAAUCAUUCGAAAAUGGAAUGUAGCGCGCAUUGUCCUUAGCAUCAGUGAACAUCAAUCAUUGUACAGAAUGGCGGAGGACUUGAAAGAAUUUAUACGCGAGUCCAUAUUGGCCAUGUAUAUUGGAGCCAUAAUAGCUGUUACCUUCACUUCUUACAUAUUUAUAAACGUAAGUUUAUAG